AUGCUGAUCCUAACCGUCAAAACCAUCUUAGGAUUCACAGUCUUCAUUUCCUCAUUUCUCGGACUUCUUGCAAAUCUAAUAGUCCUCCGACCAGUCUACAAAUUCGCAAAGUCCCCAGAGAAAUCCACCAUCUACGUGAUUUCCCUUUUCAACAUUUUGAAUGAUAUCAUCCAACUUCUUCUAUCAACAUUCUAUUUGGCACCAUGUAUCAUUUUCGAAACCUAUAUCUUCGGAGAUAAAAUAAAUAGUCCGAUUCCAGUUUUUUUGGGAGCAUGUUGUAUGUUCAGUUGGUAUAUUGGAAAUGUUUCACAAAUUGUUAUGGCUACAAAUCGAUUUGCGGUGAUUUGUUAUAGAAAUUAUACAUUUUUCACAAGGCGAAAUACUACGAUUAUUUUUAUUUUAACAAUAAUUGGAGCAGCGGCAAAGUCGUUCAUUAUUCAAUAUGUUUUUCCAUGUUGCGAGUAAGUUUCAAAUGAGAAAAUUCUGACAAAUCCAAAUUCUGAGUUUAGAUUCAUUUUCGAUCAUCACGUGUUAUCAUAUAAUUAUGUGGUUAAAGAAGGAAUCACAAAUUAUUCAGAUUUGAGCGAUAUACCAGUAAAUGCUUUGAGCACAAUUGUAGCUUUCGUCUGUUACACAUCAGUGAGUUAAUUCAUUAAUUAAGAGAUCAUAAGAUAUUAGAGCUCACAAAGAUCAAACAAUAAUCACGUCAUAGAUUUUGUUUUGAUCAAAGCUUGUGUGUUUUAAAAAAGAAAAAAGGAAUUUGAAAUGAUAUCCGAAAUAGAAUUCCAAAGUGUUCAGAUCAUCUUCACAAUUCGAAAAUCCACAAAAACCGUCUCCUUAACAAUGACAGCUCAAACCCAACGCCAACGUCGACAUAAAGAAUACAUCUAUGCUAUGCAAUUUUUCUCAAUCUCACUUUUCUACACUUUUGCAUGGGUUUUCCUUCGAACUUUUCCAAUGUUGUUUGGUGGUGAAAACUUGGAAUGGUUUGUCCUGAUUGCAUUUAGUAUUACAGUCAAUAGCAGUGCAAACGCUUUCAUUUAUCUUAUUUCAAACAAAGAGGUAAAAAUAGGAAAAUUUGCUGGGAGGAAUUGAAAAUAAAUAAAAUUUCAGAUUAUCCGAAUGAUCAGCCGCAGUCGAUAUUUUGUUUUCGGGGGAACUUCAAGUACAAUUCAUCAUAGUGAUACAAUUCCGCAAAGCUCGGAGAAAAGAUCAAAGAUUAUUGCUGUAACCCAUUGA